AUGGCAUAUUCAGAAGGUGUGUUCCAGAGGCAGAUAUUCCAGGGAUUCUACAUCAUUGCCAUGGUUCCUCUUAUGCAGGGCACUUCGCCACAUUCAAAACGGUGGCCAACUAUGUUCAGAGAUGCUCACGCCUACAUAGCUCAAUGCGAUGCAUGCCAGCGACUUGGGAACAUCAGCAAAAGGAAUGAAAUGCCUCAGAAUUACAUUUUAGAAGUUGAGGUGUUCGACUGUUGGGGAGUCGACUUCAUGGGACCUUUCGCUCCGUCCUUCAAGAACGAGUACAUCCUGGUCGCGGUUGACUAUGUCUCCAAGUGGGUAGAAGCAGUGGCGAGUCCCACUAAUGAUGCAAAAGUGGUGACUAAGAUGUUCAGCUCCAUCAUCUUUCCGAGAUUUGGGGUGCCUAGAGUGGUCAUUAGCGAUGGCGGAACACACUUCAUCAACAAGGCAUUUCAGGGCCUGUUGAAGAAGAAUGGGGUGAAACACAAGGUGGCUACCGCUUAUCACCCCCAGACGAGUGGACAGGUUGAAGUUUCCAACAGGGAAGUCAAGAACAUUCUACAGAAAACUGUCAAUACCUCGCGCAAGGAGUGGUCGCUUAAGCUGGACGAUGCUCUCUGGGCCUACAGAACAGCCUACAAAACGCCGCUAGGGACCACCCCCUAUCACCUGGUCUACGGUAAGGCUUGUCAUCUUCCUGUCGAGCUCGAAUACAAGGCUGCAUGGGCGGUCAAGUUACUGAAUUUCAACGUCAAGCCAGCAACUGAGAGGCGCAUGAUCCAAGUCCAUGAGCUGGAAGAGAUAAGGCACCUCGCCUAUGAGAGUUCCAAAAUUUAUAAGGAGAAGACCAAAGCCUACCAUGACAAGCAAAUCAUUGCCAGACGUUUCGAACCAAACGAUAAGGUCUUGCUCUUCAACUCCAGACUUAGGCUGUUCCCAGGCAAGCUGAAAUCUAGAUGGUCCGGACCCUUCACCGUUAAGGAAGUCCGCCCAUACGGAGCUGUUGUGUUGCUGGACAGAAAGGGAGAUGAGUUCGUCAUCAAUGGUCAGCGCAUCAAGCAUUACCUUGCUGACUCCACUAUCGCAAAGGGUGAAGAAGUUCCCCUAAGCGAUCCCCCAUCAGCCUGA